AUUUUCAACUAAAUAAAUUCAUAAUUGAUUAAAUAAGUGCAUCUAAUUUUUAUGAACAUUAUUAAUAAGUGAAAUAUUUGUGUGCAAAAAUUGUGUAUUAACGGUGAUUGUUUAACUUAACUAUCCAAAUGUCAAAAAACAAGUUAAACUUGACACUACCUCCCGGUUCAAUAGAACCAGUUCCAGCUGUGUCACCAUCACCACCGGUACCACCAUUACCUAUUUAUUCUGAACCACCAGUAAUUCCAGACGGAGUUAUGGGAAAAAUGAGUAUAGAUGCCAUUCAAGAGAGAUUAGAGGAAUUAGAAAUGGAUGAAGAACAAAGGAAAAGGCUAGAAAGCUUUUUGGGUCAAAAAGAAAAGGUUGGAGAAUUAUGCGAUGAAGAUUUUGAGAAACUUGGUGAACUUGGUGCUGGCAAUGGUGGUGUUGUUAUGAAAGUGAGGCAUAAAAAAUAUGGUCUUAUAAUGGCAAGAAAGCUGAUACAUUUAGAAGUUAAACCUGCCAUUAAAAAACAAAUAAUUAGAGAACUAAAAGUUCUUCAUGAGUGCAAUUUUGCACAUAUAGUUGGAUUUUACGGUGCUUUUUAUAGUGAUGGAGAAAUUAGUAUAUGUAUGGAAUAUAUGGAUGGUGGUUCAUUAGAUUUAAUACUAAAGAAAGCUGGUAGAAUUCCAGAACCUAUACUAAGCACAAUUACUUUAGCAGUUUUGAAAGGUUUGAGCUAUUUGCGAGACAAACAUGCGAUUAUGCAUCGGGACGUAAAGCCAAGUAACAUCUUGGUAAAUAGUGCUGGAGAAAUUAAAAUUUGCGAUUUUGGUGUUUCCGGACAGUUAAUUGAUUCCAUGGCUAAUUCAUUUGUUGGAACGAGGAGUUAUAUGUCGCCAGAAAGACUUCAAGGUACACAUUAUUCUGUGCAAAGCGAUAUUUGGUCCCUGGGAUUGUCACUUGUGGAAAUGGCAAUUGGGAUGUACCCAAUUCCACCUCCAGAUGAAAAAACCUUAGCUGCAAUAUUUAGUACACCACCAGGUCAACCACCUGCAGAGAGUGCUGCUACAAAUAAUGCUUCGACUCCAACUCAAUCACCUGGACAUAAUACGGGUAGUCCAAGACCGAUGGCUAUAUUCGAAUUAUUAGAUUACAUUGUAAAUGAACCUCCACCGAAAUUGCCUACUGGUAUUUUCAGUGAUGCUUUUACAGAUUUUGUAGAUCGUUGUUUAAAGAAAAAUCCUUUUUGAGCAGAUUUAAAGACUUUAAUGAACCACGAAUGGAUAAAGAAAGCUGAAUCUGAGAAUGUAGAUAUCGCUGGAUGGGUAUGUCGCACAAUGGAUCUACAACCGACUACUCCAACGCGUUUGGCGAACGUACAAUCCUGAAUAAAUGUCACUCUUACAUACUUGACUACCUAUAUACGCGUUCAUUACUCUUAAGUCAAUUUUAUUU